AUGAUUCGUCGUCUUUGCUUCCUUUUAAUAAUAUGUGUCAUAUUUGGGAAAUAUGUAGCACGCUGUGAAGGGGAUACACCAGUUGAGUCUGGUAAUGGAGAUUCUGGAGUAGCUACCCCUGGUGCAGGAGUUUCACAGGGUGGGGCUUCUGGAUCGAGUGAUAAAGACACAGAUAAACCUCAGAGUCCUGAAAGCUCUAGUUCUAGUUCUAGUUCCAGCUCCAGCAGUCCUUCAUCAGAAGAUGUAGCAAAAGAACAAGAUCCCCCUGCCGCAGUACCUCCCCCUCAGGCCGAAUCUCCAGUUGGUACCGAACACCAACAACCAACAGCUCCACCACAAGACCCAUCUGCAGAUGGUACCCAGAACCAACCUCCAACAUCUCCCCCUACGCCUUCUGCAAGCGAAACGAGGAGUCCUGAUGAGAAUCCAAUUUCACAAAUGACUGUAGCUGAACCUGAAGGGGACACAUCUGCAGAAACAAGUGACGACUCAGAACAAGGAAUUCAGAUAAGAUCUGCCUUACUGAAACAAUUGAAUGGAGUAAAAAUUACGGGUUCUUGUAAAGCACAUUUUCGUGUAUAUCUCUUUCCACAUUUGUGGAUUUAUGCAGUGACAGGAGAAAACAAAAUACAGUUGAGUCUCAACUUUGGAUCAAUACCAUCCAUUGAUCUAGAUAAUCUAACGAACGAUUGCAAAAAGGGUACUAAAGACACUUUUAAAUUGAUUAUACAUACACAUGAUAAUAAUCUGACUCUCAAGUGGAAAGUUAAUGGGGAAGGAGCCGGUGAAGGAAAUAAAGCGGAUGAGAAAACGUAUAAACUUCCAUCCUUAGAAAGACCAUUCACCUCUAUACAGGUUCAUUCAGUCAACAGCAAAUCAAAAAUACUUGAAAGUAAAUUUUACGACAUAAAGAACAGCAUGCCUGAUCAGUGUAGCAUAAUUGCCACCAACUGCUUUCUGAGUGGGAAUUUGGAUAUAGAGAAGUGUUACCAUUGUACAUUGUUGGAGAAGAAAGUGGACAAUGAUAACGAAUGCUUCAAAUAUGUUUCAAAGGAUGCACAAGAAUUAAUUUUAAAGGAUACAACAGUUAAGGGAGAAGACGAUGAACAAUCAGCAGAUUACAAAUUGAUAGAAUCGAUAGAUGCCAUACUGAAAAUGGUGUAUAAGUCAGAUAAAGAUGAUGAGAAAAAGGAAUUAAUAACGGUAGAAGAAAUAAGUGAAGAUUUAAAGAACGAAUUAUUAAAUUAUUGUGUAUUGAUGAAAGAGAUAGAUACUAGUGGAACUUUGGAUAACCAUGAAUUAGCUAAUGAGAUAGAAACAUUUAACAAUUUGACAAGGCUUCUACAAAUGCACUCUGAGGAAAACAUUGUAACGUUGCAUGAUAAGUUGAGAAACACAGCAAUAUGUAUAAAAAAUGUAAAUGAAUGGAUUGUGAAUAAGAGAGGUUUGAAUAUCCCCGAUGGUAGUACAACACAUAAUGAACAGAUUGAACCAAACCAAAUUGAAGAACUGUUUAAAGAAUUUGAGAAGGAAAAUAGUAUAAGUGAUGAAGCAUUUGAAAAGGAUGAAAAUGGUAUUAUCGAUUUAAAUAAAGUUAAAAACAAAAUGAAACUUAAAUCUCCUUAUUUUAACAAAAAUAAAUAUUGUAACAAUGAAUAUUGUGAUCGAUGGAAAGAUAAAACUAGCUGUAUUUCAAACAUUGAAGUGGAAGAACAAGGAGAUUGUGGUCUCUGUUGGAUUUUUGCAUCUAAAUUACAUUUAGAAACCAUUAGAUGUAUGAGAGGAUAUGGUCAUUUUAGAAGUUCUGCAUUAUUUGUUGCAAACUGUUCUAAAAGAAAACCAGAAGAAAGAUGUACUGUGGGUUCAAAUCCAACAGAAUUUCUUCAAAUUGUACAAGAUACAAAAUUUUUACCCUUAGAAUCGGAUCUCCCAUAUAACAUUAAUAAUGCAGGAAAUUCAUGCCCUAUGAAGAGAAAUAAAUGGACUAAUCUAUGGGGGAAUACAAGACUGUUAUAUCAUAAAAUGUACCAUAAUUAUUUAAACACAUUAGGAUAUAUUGCAUAUGAUAGUGAUACUUUUAAAGAUAAUAUGGAUUUAUUUAUUGAUAUAUUGAAGAAAGAAAUUCAGAAUAAAGGUUCCGUUAUUAUUUACAUUAAAACAGAAAAUGUCAUUGAUUAUGAUUUCAAUGGUAGAAUCAUUCAUAAUUUAUGUGGUGAUAAUGAUGCAGAUCAUGCUGCAAAUAUUAUUGGAUAUGGUAAUUAUAUCAGUUCUAAUGGUGAGAAAAAGUCCUACUGGUUAGUGAGGAAUAGCUGGGGUUACUACUGGGGAGAUGAAGGAAACUUCAAGGUUGACAUGUAUGGGCCAAAAAAAUGUGAACACAACUUUAUACACACAGCUGUUGUAUUCAAAAUAGAUUUGGGAAUUGUGGAAGUUCCUCAGAAAGACGAAGUUCCCAUGUACAAUUAUUUCUCUAAGUACGUACCAAACUUUCUCCACAGUCUCUUCUAUGCCAACUAUGACAAGGAUAGCGACGCCCCUUCCUUUUUCCAAGGUUGUAAGGGAGAGGAAGCGAUCGUUUCUGGGCAAACCAGUGAAGAGACAACGGAGGGAAGCCCUACCGAUUUAACACAAGUUGGAGAAGCAAUCAGCGAGUCAUCAACCCAAGGUCAGACACCAAAUGGAGAACCAGGAAGUGAUUCCUCAACCCAAGGUCAGACAUCAGAUGGAGCAGACAUCAGUGUGGAGACACCCCAAGCUAACCCAACUGAAGUAGUCCAAAAUGCAGUACCAGGAAAUGUAUCAGUCCCAGAGGAUAAUUCAGGGGAGAAAAAAAUAAAUGUUGUGCAUAUAUUAAAAUAUAUUAAAGAAACUAAAAUAAAGAGGACAUUUGUUAGAUAUGACAGUUUAAGCGAAAUAGAAAGUGCACAUACCUGCUCAAGGGUAUAUGCCAAACAUGAUGAGAAGUAUGACGAGUGUUUACAAUUCUGCAUGCAAAAUUGGACUACCUGUAAAAACCAUUACUCCCCUGGUUAUUGCUUGACAAAAAUGUAUGUAGGUAAUAACUGCUUUUUCUGUAAUGUGUAG